UCCUGGACACAGUGUUUGUGGGCUGCCUGCCCCUUUCUCUGCUUAUUUCACUUGUAUUCUCCACCCCCACCUCUGAGUCAUGCUGACAACUUCCCUCCCUGCAUCUGGCCUCUUGAGCUUCUCUCUGCUCACUGGCUUCCUUGGCAUCUUGGUCCAGCUCUUCCCUUUGGGGCUCAAGUGCUCUGAUGCCCACAUCUGACCUUCUUGUCAUGACCGGGACCCAGGUUUUUCUCUUCCUGUUGAUGGCCCCGGUGUCCUCUCUCUGCUUCAACUUGGACACGGAGCAACCGACAACCUUCCAUGCAGACAGCCCUGGGUUUGGACACAGUGUGGUCCAGUAUGCCCAAUGGCUGGUGGUUGGAGCCCCCCAGGAGGUAAAGGCUGCCAAUCAAACAGGCGGCCUCUACUGGUGCGACUACGGCAAGGGGAGGUGUGAGGCCAUUCCCCUGCAGGUGCCUCCAGAGGCUGUGAACAUGUCCCUGGGCCUGUCCAUGGCAGCCACCACCAACCCCUUUCAGCUGCUGGCCUGUGGCCCCACCGUGCACCAUGCAUGCCGGGAGAACAUGCACUUGACCGGGAUCUGCUUCCUGCUGGCCUCCCCGUUCCGGCAGGUCAAGAGGAUCCCGGCUGCCCUGCAGGAGUGCCCAAGGCAGGAUCAGGACAUCGUCUUUCUGAUCGACGGCUCAGGCAGCAUCUUUUCCAGCGAUUUUAACAAAAUGUUGAACUUCGUGAAGGCCGUGAUGAGCCAGUUCCAGCGUCCCAGCUCCCAGUUCUCCCUGGUGCAGUUUUCCAGCACGCACAAGGUGCACUUCACUUUCAAAGACUUCGCUACCAGCUCAGACCCACUAAACCUCCUGAAUUCCGUCCGGCAGCUGCAAGGGUGGACGUUCACGGCCUCAGCCAUCCGAUUUGUCACAGAUCAACUGUUCAGUGCCGCCUAUGGGGCCCGAAAAGAUGCCUCCAAAAUCCUCAUCGUCGUCACUGAUGGGGAGAAAACAGAAAACCUGGGUUACAAGGAUGUCAUUCCCCGGGCUGAGGCCGCCGGCAUCAUCCGAUAUGCAAUUGGGGUGGGAUCAGCAUUUCGAUACAAAAAGUCCUUGCAAGAAUUAAUCGACAUUGCCUCCACACCCUCUGAAGAGCAUGUAUUUCAAGUGGAGAACUUUGAUGCUUUGCGAGACAUUCAGAAACAACUGAAAGAGAAGAUAUUUGCCAUUGAGGGUACACAGACCAUAAGCAGUAGUUCCUUCGAACUGGAGAUGUCUCAGGAGGGCUUCAGUGCUGUGUUCAUGCCUGAUGGACCAGUUCUGGGGGCUGUGGGGAGCUUCAGCUGGUCUGGAGGUGCCUUCCUGUACCCCAAAAAUAAGAACCCCACCUUCAUCAACAUGUCCCAGGAGCACGUGGACAUGAGGGACUCGUAUCUGGGUUACUCCACAGAGCUGGCCCUUUGGAGGGGGGCACAGAGCCUGAUCCUGGGGGCCCCCCGCCAUCAGCACACCGGGAAGGUGGUCCUCUUCACCCAGGUGUCCAUGCAAUGGAGGCCGCAGGCUGAAGUCACAGGGACCCAGAUCGGCUCCUACUUCGGGGCCUCCCUCUGCUCCGUGGAUGUGAAUGGAGAUAGUAGCUCUGACCUGGUCCUCAUUGGGGCCCCUCAUUUCUACGAGCAGACCCAGGGGGGCCAGGUGUCCGUGUGCUCCUUUCCCCGGGGGAGAGCUAAGUGGCAGUGUGAUGCUGUCCUGCGAGGGGAGCCGGGCCACCCCUGGGGCCGCUUUGGGGCAGCCCUGACAGUGCUGGGGGAUGUGAAUGGGGACAGGCUGGUGGAUGUGGCCAUUGGGGCCCCGGGAGAGCAGGAGAACCAGGGUGCUGUCUACCUGUUCCAUGGAACCUCAGAACUGGGCAUCAGCCCCUCCCACAGCCAGCGGGUCACAGGCUCCCAGCUCUCCCCCAGCCUCCAGUAUUUCGGGCAGUCGCUGAGCGGGGGUCAGGACCUCACCCAGGAUGGACUGGCAGACUUGGCUGUGGGGGCCCAGGGGCAUGCACUGCUGCUCAGGACCAGACCUGUGCUCAGGAUGUGGGCAAACAUUCACAUCACACCCGCAGAGAUCGCUAGGUCUGUGUAUGAGUGUCAGCAGCUGGUGACCUUUCCGCAUGAUCUGGGCAAGGCCACUGUCUGCCUCCAAGUUUCCGAAAGUUCCAAGAACCAGCUGGUUAACCUCCAAAGCAUUGUGACCUUUGACCUAACCCUUGACCCCGGCCGCCUGAGUCCUCGUGCCAUCUUCCAAGAAACGGGGACUCGGAAUCUGACCCGUGUUCGAGAGCUGGGGCUGAAGCAGCACUGUGAGGCUGUGAGGUUGCUCCUUCCGGACUGUGUGGAGGACUCGGUGACCCCCAUCAUCUUGCGUCUCAACUUCUCCCUGGUGGGCAAGCCCAUCUCUAGCCUAAGAAACCUUCAGCCUAUGCUGGCAGUGGGUGCCCAGAGAUACUUCACAACCUCUCUCCCCUUUGAGAAGAACUGUGGCGCGGAUCACGUCUGCCAGGAUGACCUCAGCAUCUCCUUUGGGGUCUCAGACUUGAAGACCCUGAUCGUCGGGAGUAACCUGGAGCUGAACUUGAAAGUGAGAGUGUGGAAUGAUGGCGAGGACUCCUAUGGAACCGCAAUCACCUUCUUCUACCCUCCAGGGUUGUCUUACCGACGUGUGACUGGGGGCCAGAGCCAUCUGCAGUCGCGUUCCCUGCGCCUGACCUGCGACAGCGCCCCCGCUGGGACCCAGGGCACCCGAAGCACCCGCUGUAGCGUCAACCACCUCAUCUUCCGUGAGGGUGCCCAGGUCACCUUCACGGUCACCUUUCACGUCUCCCCCAUGGCCACCCUGGGAGACAAGCUGCUUCUUGCCGCCAAUGUGAGCAGUGAGAAUAACAGCCCCAAGACAAGCAAGACCGCCUUCCAGCUGGAGCUCCCUGUGAAGUAUGCCGUCUACACCGUGAUCAGCAGCCAUGAACAAUCCACCAAGUACCUCAACUUCUCGGCCUCACAGGAGGAGGGCAGCGGGGAGGCCCAGCACAGAUACCAGGUGAACAACCUGGGGCAGAGGGAGCUGCCUGUCAGCAUCGACAUCUCAGUGCCCAUGGAGCUGAACCAGGUGGCCGUGUGGAAGGACAUAGAGGUCCUCAACCCCCAGAACCCCUCCAUUCAGUGCUCUUCAGAGAGAACAGCGCCCACAGAGUCUGAUUUCCUGACCCACUUUAAGAAGAAGCCUGUCCUGGAUUGCUCCAUCGCUGUCUGCCUAAGGUUCCGCUGUGACAUCCCCUCCUUCGGCGUCCAGGAGGAAUUUGACUUCAUCCUGAAGGGCAACCUCAGCUUCCGCUGGGUCAGCCAGACACAGCAGAAGAAGGUGCUGGUCGUGAGCGUGGCUGAAAUCACCUUCAACAGACUUGUGUAUUCUCAGCUUCCAGGACAGGAGACAUUUUUGAGAGCUCAGACGGAGCUGGUGCUGGAGAAGUAUGAGGUCUACAACCCCAUCCCCCUCAUUGUGGGCAGCUCUCUGGGAGGACUACUGCUCCUGGCCCUCAUCACAGCCCUACUGUACAAGGUUGGUUUCUUCAAACGUCAGUACAAGGAAAUGAUGGAAGGAGCAAACAAACAGAGUGUCCCAGAAAACGAGACAGGAGACCCCCAAGCUGCCCAAUAAGAUACUGCCUCCCAUUGUCCUACUGUCUCAUCUGAGAGGUUCCCUGGCCUUCUCACUUUUGCCCGAUAAGCAACUACCUCCUGUUCUCCUUUGAACCUGCUCUCCCCUGAACGAUUCCCUAACCUGGUUACCCUCACCCCAGUCAGGCCUGAUGGGGAAGCAUUCCAAGCGAGGGGAGCUGGGAUCAUCUGCUUUCUGUCCUUGGGAGGAUGCAGUGUGUUUGCACAAAUCACCUUGCCUGGGAGGAGGCAUUGGUCUUGUCAAGGCUCCAACUGGAAAUCCCAGGACAGGAUCCUUGCUGUGCAACCUGAGGACUUGACUUGGAAUUUCUACCUAGAAAUCCAUGGACAGAAGCCUCAGGCUCCAGUCUCUGUUCCUCCACUAACCACGGAUGAUCUUCCUAAAAUAUAGUACUAAACCUGCCACGCAUCCUCAUCCAUCCUCAGUGGUUCCCCCUACUCGCAGUAUAACUUCUGAACUCCCCAGCUUGUGAAGCAAUACACAGAUGCUUCUUACAAACCCUGGGAUGUAUGGAAGAUGACAUCGUUUGCAUAUGGUUGGUGACUGGAGAGCACUUUGAAGUCCUCUCUCAGGCACCUGCUGCCCCUAAAUAAGGUCAUUCUUAUUAUACUGCCACCUAUCUCAGCAUAACGGUCAAUGUGGUGCCUUGUGCCGAGCUGGGAGUCAAUGCACAGCAGGCCAUUCACUGGACAGCUCCUACUGCUGCCUCCAAUAAGGUGCAUGGGCCACAUGGACGUUUUAAUUAGAAGAACAGAAGGGGAGGCACUUGACCAUGUGAUUUGAGGGGAAGCCGUUCCUUCACCUCCACCCCAAAUUAUCACCCCAUCCACCAUAGGGUCCCAAACCCUUUUGAAUUUGGAAGUUGGGGGAUCUCCAGAAGGUCCAGUUAUGAUGAAAUUCAUUAAGCUGGGCUCCAAUUUAGACCUUAUGAGAAUUGGGGUUUAAAGUGUUGUUUUUCAAAAUGUGCUCCACAAAACUCCAAAGGUUUCCUAAAUACUGUUUUAGAGGGGAAAAAAAAAGACAAGAAACAGUUUUAAACCCAUGCAUCUCACAUAUUUGAUCCCAGUGACUUUCACAGAAAUCCUGCCAUAUCCUUAUAAUUGUGCUCCUAAAGCUUGUCCCUGGGCUCCAAAGACAGUAGUUUAACAUUCAGGCAAUGGUGCUAUUUUCAUAUAAUUUUCCUGUGUGUGUUAUUGUUUCCCUUCAUUAUAUGCUCAAUUUUCAUGGUUUUCAUUGUGUUGUGUUAUAUGCCCAAAUCACAAAAAUGGAUUGAUGGCUCAAAAAUUAUUCAUCGAGGGAUAAAUAUUGUAAUUAAAAAAUAAAAGAGAAUUGGUGCAACUAGAACAAUGUCAUCAAAGUCAGUACUGAGUGAGAUUGCACUUCACAUUACUAUAGAUGUAUGAACGCUGGGUUGAGUGAUUGUGAGCUGAGAAAUUAAAACGUGUCUAGGAAAUAUACCAUCUGAAAAUUGGA